AUGAAUCGGCGAGAAGAUCCACUGCUCCGGCAGCAUUGUAAUCGUUUACUUCAACUUGCCGAAACAACCAACAUCAAACCUGGGCAUGGAAGUGGCAAACGACGAGGCCAAAGAUCGUCCCAUGGAUUUAGUUCAAGCACUAAUGCCCGGACGACGCUUCAAGAUAUCGUAAGGAAUGAUCCAGGAUAUACGUCUAAUAUUGAACAUCUAGUUUUCCCGGAUCGUAAGGGUAGCAAUCCAAAUUUAGCUAGUCACAGUGGAUCUUCAUCCUUUAAGAACAAGCCCAAAAAUGUAGGGGAAUCUAAUAAUGCCUCAACGGCUAAGUCAAAACUAGUAGAAGUGAUUGCUCAUCCGUACAUGAGAGGAUUAUCAUUUGAAGAUGCAGUUACAACCAAAAAUAAAUCCUUUAACGGUACCUCAUUAAACGGUAGAGGAGAUCCUACUGUAAUUACAUCAUCCGGUCACCAGCCGAAUUUGGGAUCAGCAUCUUCUAACUUCAAGCAUCGUCGAUGGGUUUCACAGCCUUCGCAAUCGUCAAAGCAACAUUCGACUGAUGGCGGGGGAAGCCACGUGGGUUCCGUAGGCGGUACUGGAAAUACGACAUCGGUCCAACAACCUCGACGCCUUAGUCCCGCGUCAGACCCAAAAGAAUUAAAUUCUGCAAUAUCUUCAAUAGGAACCAGAGAAAAAUCAGAGAGAACGGGAAAUGUAUCAAUUGUACAUCUCCGCGGUACAUCUUCAGUGGAAUCACGUGAGUCCUGGGAAAAUCGACAAGCAUCGAACUUUUCCGAAAUUCGGUCAAAGAGCUACAACCGUGCGAGUUCAAUACCAGGUUUAAAACGUCAAGAUGCCUCAAUGACAAGUGGUGUGAGUAUCGGAAAUACAUCUUCUUCAAGAAAUCGAUGUCAAGAGACCCAAAGUCAACGGCGUCGUGAAGCAACAAAUUCAUUACUCUCGGGAGGUCGCAGUACAUCAGGUGAGCUUUUCGUCAGCGGGAAUUGUAGUAGAGAAUUAUCUCCGGUACGGUGGUGUGACCAUGAUGUAGAUGGCGUAUAUCUCGGGAGAUCGGGAUGGGUUCAAGUUCAACAACGGUCUCUCGAUGAAAACCGUAAGAUCAAAUACGAAAGCAAUUCCCAAGCGAAAUGUACCGGAAAUAGCAGUGCAGUCACUGGGACUAUUCCACUCCCACGACGAGCAACUGUCAAGCUCAUAGACUAUCACUGUAGCAACAGCGAACCAGGAAAGCGCUCUGACUACUUAAGAAGUCAUACUUUAGACUCCCACCGGCCAGAUUUCCUAAAGCUUAACAGUUCCGAAUAUGAACCUCCCAGUGGUUGUGCUUCACCUCACAGUAUUCCCGAGUCUUUUUCACCGCCAUCAAUAACACCGAUCAUAUCACCACCGCCAGCAUUCCAAGACGCCUUACAAAAAAGAGGAACGCGAUCUUCCCGGUUCAGUACAACAUAUGGAAAAACGCCUUUUCUUCCCAGAUCUAAUGCCAUUGUCGACAGUGAUCUCAUCAGUCCACCACCUUCACCGCUGUUAAACAAAAAUUGGAGCUCAUCAAUACCGUCGUCAACUAAAAAAUUAUCAAACAUAUCUAGCAAGUCUCGAUCAAGAUGUCAAGGACCGUCUCAAGGAUCUGGAAAUUCUAUUGUCGUUAUACAGUCAAAGCAAGAUAGCAAGCAAUCUCGUCUUGCUUCUGCCAAAUCCUUAGAAGAUCAGUCAAGUGCAAGAAGAUCACAAUUUGCUCAAAGAUACCUAGAAUCUUCAUCAUCAUCAUCUUCUUCUAUGGGAUUCCGUAGUCUUGAUAGUUGCGUCAACAGAGUAACAAUGCCGUGCUUAACUGAGAACACAGAUUCAUCUAUCGAAGGUUAUGAAGAUGGUGACGAAGACGAUAAUCCAGAUUCAUUGUUGAAUAGCGCUGUUUCAUCUCCAGGGACACUUUUAGACUUCUCUUUCGAAGGAAUGAUAAUAAAUCAUGAGAGAUUAUCACCCUCUGGAAGACAAUCGCGUUUGGGGCGCAGUCACCAAGCAUCAAGAAGAUCACCAGGUUCUUCCGAUGGGGGUAAAUUGUCUUUUGAUUCCGGCUCAUCAUCUUCGUCAUCUAGCAAUAGUACUGACCGUAUAGAAAGAUCACCAACUCCCAAUAGUUAUAAACGCUCAAACCAAUCCCGUCAACAGCAUCAAGGGUAUCGAGGUACUCUUGCACUUUCUCCGGAUUCAUUGCAAGCUUCCAGAGUUCGACGCUCAAAAAGUCUUCAGUUACCGGAAAAAAGGUCUCCAGGAUCUAGCAAUCUUCAACAGCAAUCAUCGAGGGAACACUAUCAUGAAGCAAACGAACCUAAUAAAGCCCAUUUAAAAGUUAUCAACGACAAAAGUAUGGGACGAAAUAAAAAACACAUCUUGACAAAUCGUAAAACUCAUUCAACAGAAGAAACAGUAAACGUAGAAGUUCAUCGGGAUCCAGAAAUAGUAACUGAAUAUCUUUACGGUACAAGAAGCCGGCCAAUGACAAGGAAUGUCCAAUCAGGACGUUAUGAUAAUCGGGAUGAUAAAGUUGAUCGGCGGAAUACAGCGGGUGCAUGCGAUGUGUACUUUAUCUCGGCAAAACAACCACGUCAAAAACAGGCUAUUAUGAAUUAUACUCAACAACAGCAACAAAAGUCUUCAAAUAAACAAUUACGAACUCUUCAACGAGGAGUAACAACUCCGAAUACAAAUUCAUCAGUACCAUCUGCGGAAUCUAAGACACGAUGCAAUACCAGCACUUGUAAUUUUUGGCCUCAUUGCACUCAGCGGGAAACACUUUAUUCGCCUAAUCUUAAUCAAACAUCCAUGAAGUCAUCUCAAAGCUAUCCAUCUCAUCGUCGGAUGUCUAAUGACAAUAUCAUCAACCACACUAAUCGAGAUCGUGACAGCGCUUGUUCUUCACCUGCCGCUCUAGAUAUAGUUGAAGACCGAGAUAUGAGAAAAUCUCGCCAGCGAGGAGAACAUUACUCUUCAAUGUCGAAAUCCGAAGAACGUGCGCCUAAAAGUGUAUUGAAGCAACCCCGAAGAUCACCUGCCGGAUCGCCAAAUGAACUAGAUCAAACUACGCGAUGGGAAUAUCGAAACACCCAUGGAGAUACUGUAGGCCAACGUGUGUCUCCUAUACGAUCUAAAACAAUCAAAAGAUCUCCUAAUGGUGGCGGCAAUUCAUCAGUCACUAAUUCAUCUUCCUCAAGCAGUGAUAUUUGGGUGACAACUUCCGAUCGGACCGUUACAAAAAGUCCUAAAAAUCCUAAAAGCAGUGGAGGAUCAACUCCUAUAGAUGAUGGAAUCUCAGGAUCAUUGAAAACUCUUCUUGACCCUCAAUCUGAUUUAUCAAGGCCUGGCAGUGCACCAACGAAAAGAGGAGCUUCUCCAGAAGAAGCAAAACAUCUCGAGCCUCAUCAUAGGUCUUCAUCUCUGCCUAAAUCAUUUUUGUCACAUGAGUCUACAAAUACUGAUGGGGACGAAUUGGCCUCAGCUAAACAGCGUUCCGACGGGUCAAAAAGAUCUACGCCAAGCCCUCGUUUAAAACCUGACGAUUUGUCUUUUCCUCACACCGCACCUGGUUCACCAUGUCAUCAGUCAAUUUCUCGCGAGACAUCAACAGAAAGGAGACGAAAAACUCUUGGGAUAAGUCGGACACAAAGACGCAUAAAAGCUUCCAGUACUCCAGCACUUCUUGACCAAGAUGAAGGCCGAUUAUGGUCGAGCAAUACAAAUCAGCACGCUAAUGACGAGGCACUGCGUAGACGUGAUUUGAAUACAGAGCAUCCAUUAAUAGAGGCAUCAAUUCCUUUCGCGCAUCCACGUCUUCAGAAAGAAUCUAGUAGGAAUAGCACACAUAAUGAAGUUCAAUCAUAUCCUUCUUCCAAAGACGGCAUGCCACAAAAUCAGCACGAAAGUGUAAUUCAAAAAUUUCGUAAGAGUUUUUCCCUGAGAUUUCAUAAACGUGGAAGUAAAGAAGGAAGUACUGAAGUUGAUGGGCAACCUAGUGUUCUUUUACCCCCUGAAAAUGAUGGAGAUUCAUCUGCAGUGACCUGUAUCAAUGUAGACGAUCAUAAAGAAUCUAUUCCGGUCACCGAACAACACAAAGAAGACUAUGCCGAUCAAAAAUUUCGAUUUGGACCUCUCGUCUGGAGAUCUAGUAAAGAGAGGAAAAAAAAUAAUAAAGCCGCUCGUAAUGCUAAAUGUAACAGCGGUGACAGUGGAAUUCAAAUUGAGAUAACUGGAGGACGGUCAACUGAGGGCAGUAGCGGCGGAAAUCACGGUGCUGGUGAUAGUUCUGAGUCACACGACACUGAUGCACCAGAUGAAACGGAUAGUCCUCCGGCUCUUCGACGCCGGGUUAAUGGAAAAUCUCGACCACAAUCCGAGCUCAUCAACCAAAUACUUAUAGAUAAAUUUAAGACGGAUAUUCAACAAAAUCGCUCUUCUCGGCAGUAUAACGUCCGACGAACGAACAGCGAUUUAGGUGGACAAAGAUUAUUUCAGUGGGACAGCAGGACCUACGGUGGUCAAUUAUAUUACAGAAGAAUGUUGUCAACACCCUCACCGAUAAAAACACGACCACCAAGACUAAGUCCGAGACACUCCUCUCAUGAUAUCGUUACACUAAGAAGUAACGUCAGGGGGAGAAACUCUCGGACAAAUUUAAGACGAUCGUUGAGUCAACCACUCGGGAUAAAUCAACUAUCUCCGCUGAUGCGCACCAAAACUGCAGGUGCUAAGUUUCCGGGUGGUACUGUCCUGUCAGAAGAUGAACAGGAUUUGAAAUCAGGAGGUAGCGGUGGUACUGGCGUUAUCGGAACAUCCGAUGACGAUAUGAUGUCUGAUUCAGAGUCGUCGAUCGCUUCAUUCUCAGAAAGAAAAAAGUCCUUUGAGCAGCCAAUGGAUGAAGAAAUAGCGAUACUUGCUGAAGCUGUAUGGGAUCAUGUGGCAAUUGAACCUGAAGAACUUGCUUUUAGAGCUGGAGAACUUAUUGAUGUACUGGAUACACUAGAUAAAGAUUGGUGGUGGGGUUGUUGUAGAGGAGAACAUGGGUGGUUUCCUGCAGCAUUUGUUAGGUUACGUGUAAGUCAAGAAGAAACCGUAGAAGACUGUCUUGCAGCGAUGGCGUCCGGUGUAUCCUCAAACUCCCAAUCACGGCGACGAACUAGUAUAUCUCUUCUCUCAAAUGAACAAGUCCGAAGCAGUGUAGUACGAGAACUUGUGCAAACGGAACGCGAUUUCGUAAAAGUGUUACGUGAUGUUACGGAAGGUUACAUCGCUGAGUGUCGCCGACGCAUUGAUAUGUUUACUGAGGAUCAAAUAGAAACUAUUUUUAUAAAUCUUGAAGAUCUUCUAGAAUUUCAAACAGAGUUUCUAAAAGAUCUCGAGGCACGUAUCGAUUGGAAUGCGCCCCAUAAAAGCUGCGUCGCUGAAUGUUUUCUUAUUCACCGUAACGGGUUUCGAAUGUACUCGGAAUAUUGCAACAGUCAUCCAAUGGCAAUUGUAACGCUUCAAGAACUCUACCGUCACAAUCGAUACAGCAAGUUUUUUGAAGCUUGUCGAUUGAUGCGCGGCCUCAUCGAGAUUCCUCUUGACGGUUAUCUUCUAACACCCGUUCAAAGAAUUUGCAAGUAUCCACUUCAGCUUGCUGAGUUACUUAAAUAUACCAAAGUCGAUCAUCCGGAUUAUCAUAAAAUAAGGGAAGCAUUAGAUGCCAUGCGUGCUGUUGCGGUUCUUAUAAAUGAACGUAAAAGACGAAUGGAGAGCUUAGAAAAGCUUGCAGCUUGGCAACUAAGAGUUGAGGGGUGGGAGGGUGAAGAUUUAAUAGAAGUUUCAUCCCAACUAAUUUUUCAAGGUGACGCAGUAAGAGUAACGACUGGAAUGUGGACUAAUAACAUCACUCUCUUCUUAUUUGAUCACCAGCUAGUUUAUUGUAAGAAAGACAUUCUGAAACGUGAUACGUAUGUAUAUAAAGGCCGAAUUUAUUUAGAUACUAGUGAAGUGAUCGAUGUACCUGAUGGUAAAGAUCAUCAACUAGGCGUUACUGUAAGACAUUGUCUUAAAGUAUACAGUUGUGUACGAGACAAAUGGCUACUAUUUUGCUGCCGAACGGCCGAAGAUAAACGUAAGUGGCUUGAUGCAAUGGCAGAAGAACGGCGGUUAGUUGAACAAGAUCGUAAUGAAGGUUUAGAAUUUCCUGCCGCCGCUAGGCAACUUGCUCGAUUGGCCGCGACAAGACAAGAACAUCGUAGGCCACCGAUAAAACCUCGAAAUAAAACUUAUAAAAGAGAAUCGUAUGAGAUGCCCGCAUUCCAGCCAAAUUCUUCAAACUCUCUCGGCCGUAAAGUUGGAACGUGGUUUACUUUCGGUAGCGGCAAAAAAGGAAUUAGAUUACGGCCAUCUUGAGCUAGGCCUACCUUCGUACCAUACAUUGACUUAUGAUCACUAGAACAAAACUUUGAUCUCAAUGGAGACAAAGUUGCUUUGUUGCAACCUAUUGUCAUUUUUUAAAGAUACAAACUUUUUUUAUGGCACGAAGGCUUAUCUUUUUUAUAAUAUGGCCAAACGAAUAACGUUAAUUGUGUUUUGGGAUAUAUAUCAGAACUGGGUUUGAUAAUAUAAAUCAUUUAUCGACGACGAAAUAUACUGUGACAUCAACGAAUGCCAAAGUUACAUUAAGAAGGUAUAAAGAAUUUUAUUUCUAUUUGUAUACUAAUUUUCAUAUAGAUUAUAGAUAAUUAAAUACUAAAUAAUAAAUUAUAUUUAGAUACAUUGAUAUAUUAUUAUAGAAACUUAGUAUAAAAUCUAAUAUACUUUUGUGAGUACAGUCAUCACAAAAUGCAACAAUGUGCAUCCUAAAUUAUUACUUAUGCUAAGAAUGAAUAUUGACUGCACAUGGCAUUGACUAGAAACCUAUAGUCAAUACACGACUAUAGAGUAAUUAGUUAAUAAUUAUUAAAAUUUUAUCAAUAAUUUCAAAUUUAUUCAACUAUCAAAUAAUUUAUUCAUUGAUAAUUAAUAAAGUAUAUUUUUAGAAUUUUUAAAUUAUAAUUUUUUUAUUUCGUAUUAUUUAUUUUUAACUAAAAUAGCUAAUUUUUUGUUUAAUCAAUCUGUCUCUACAUUUUUCUCAUUUUCAUCAGAAAAAAGUUCGAAAAAUGAAUAAGAAUAUGAUUAAUUUUAAAAUGGAAGAUUAAUUUAAUUUAAUUUUUUUUACACUGAUGAGCUCUUGUUCUAUAUUAAUAAAGUUUAUAAUUGUAUACCAUAUGUAUUGGUCUACUUAAAUACUAAUGAGAGACAUGGAAAUAUUAAAGGUUCGAAAAUUAGUUAUUGAAGUAUGAGAUUAAUUGUAAUGAUAUGCAAUUUUGAAGAUUAUAAUCCGACAUUUGUUAACGGAUAAAUAAACACUAAACAGUAUAAAUUCGUACAGUGUCGAAUUUAAGUAUUUUCACAACUGAAAAUUAAAGUCAUUUUAAAAAAAAGACUGAAAGUGAAUAUUGCUUUUGAACUUGUUUUUCAUUCGCACCUAAUAGCUUAGUACAGAAAAAAAGAGCAAUCACUCUUUUAAGCAAUUAUUAAUACACAAUGCAAUAGUAGUGAAGAAUUAUUUAUAAUAAAUUUCAAAGGUCGUUUCUACAUUGUUUAGGUUUAACACAAUAUGUUUGCCACUGAGGCUGAUAGCCAUUGUAUUUAAAUAAUAUCGAUUUUUAGACAAAACUAUAUUAAAAAUUAAUCUAACGCAUCAACUCGAUGAAUUGGAUAAAGCUGGAAGAAAGUGAUCGCCACUGCCAUAAUAAUACAUUGUGGAUAAAUUUAUCGAUGAUAAAAUUGAGAAAAAAAUGAAAUCAAGUGGAGUUAUUAAACGUCUUAACAACUUUUUACGUAGAAUAGUAUAAAUUAACAUGUUUUAUAUAACUGAAGUAGAAAGCGUUAUAAACUGUCAUUAAUUAAUAAUAAGAAUAAUUUAAUUAAUGAAUAACUAUCGUAGUAUAUUCGCAUCAUAAUAACUUGCUCGAUACGCACAUUGUUCUUUUUUAAUCAAGUAGAAACUAAUAAUUAUUAUUAUUAUAAGCUUGCAAGCUUUGUAAUACUUACCUGCAAAUGCAACGAUUACUAUGAUGAUAAUUUAUAUAAAUAAAUUGUCACACCCAUUGAGUACACAUAUGUAUACUGUCCCCAUGGAGGUUUCAAUACGUAUAAACGAUGACAAUAUCAUGAAUAUGAGUAUAUAAUUCCCUUACUAAAUAUUAAUUGUAAAAAGAAAUAACCUAUUAAUAUAUAAAUAUAUACGUAAAUAACGUUAGUGGUAGAAGUAGAUAUGGUUAAUUUUAUAAGUAAAAUAUAUUUGUUGUUCAACAUAAAAGUGUUAUUUUUAUAGAUAAAUUAAUGAUAAUUCUUUAUUGAUAUAUUCUUCCAAGGAACAUGAGUAAUAAUAACAAUUGCUACAUAGCAGCAUUAUUUAAAGAAUGUUUUCUUGUUGAAAAUAUUAAAAAUUUGUAUAUUAUAAUUAUGAUGCAUGAAUCACAAUAAUGAAAACAGUAUCUAAACUCAAAAAGAGAAUGAUUUUUUUUUUAAUGCAUAUCGUAUCAAAUCGAUUCGAUUAGUAGUAUAAAUAAUUUAUAUGUAUAAAUUGUGUUUAACAUGCAAUGAUUAUUUCUUGAUAUUGUGAAUACACGAAUGAAAUAUGAAUAUCAUAGAUGUAUAUAAAUAAUUAAAUUUAGUGAAUGUUAUAACUUAUAACUAAUGAAAAACAGACAAAAAUUUUGAAGAGGAAAAAAAAACAAUGGUAUCUAAGAAUUAAUAGCAUGUUGAAUGGAAAUUUUUUAAAUCAGACUUGAAAAAAUUGUAAUUGAUAAUUGAUAUAAAAAAAAAUAGUAAAGAUAAAAGAAAUAAUAAGGCUAGAAGCCUUAAGAACAGGAUAUUAAUAUUAAUAUUAUUAGAUGUAAAUAAUAUGAUCAAAUUUUUAAAAAUAAUCACAGUUUGAAAUGAGUUAAAGUUGUUGAAACGAUAAAAAUUUGAUCUUUAACUUCAUUGUUAUUGGCGCAUAUUAGUUGUUUGCCAAUUGAUUUAUUGUUCUAACAUACAAAAAAUAAUUUGUCAAUUAGAAAAGAAUUACAUGUGCAGGUAAUUGUGGAAAGCAAAAGUUGCAUUUUUUUUUUUAUAAGGAUGUGGGUUGAUAUUUUUUUUUUUUUUUUAAAUUAAACAACAGCUAACG